AUGUCUGCUGACUACAAAGGGCUUCAUGCCGAUGAGCGGCAGUCCUCGUUCGAAGCGGAAAGGCUGCUCGAUUCGACUAACGAACAGCCUGUUGCCCACCAAGGCAUCGGUAACCAGCGUCUUCAUCUGAGGAUCCUCUACGUUAUUAUUGUAGGGUUACUUGUGCUGGUCGCCAUCCUGUCAUCGUUACUUGUGAAGAUUCGCGGCAACAACCCCCAGCUUGCGUUGUGGUCGCCUGUCAAUGAUAUUAUCGAUUAUAAAACAGUGACUUUUGACGCUUUCUUUCUGGGCCACGAAAGUCCUUGGACCAGGGGCCCGAAAGAGGUCAAGGAUGAGCUAUGGAAUGCUACCUAUCAGUUUGGAAUCUCCUGGAUCACCAAGGAAGAGGCUUCGCGGAUGGUGAACCAGACACUUCCUGCGCCUCACGACCCAGACAAAUAUAUGAUUCAGCUGGAGGUGUUCCAUAAUCUUCACUGCCUCAAUAUGCUUCGCAAGAGUCUGUAUCCUGACGAAUAUCCGGAGAUGUGGGAGUACCAUAAGAAUGGAACGGUGAACCAUAACACUCUGCAAUCGCUGCAUAUGGAUCACUGUGUCGAUGCCCUCCGCCAGUCGACCAUGUGCGAAGCAGAUAUCACCCCCAUUCCGUUUGUCCACAACUACUUUGGGCGCGGCGUUUUCCCCAGCAUUGUUGCUACGCAUACGUGUCGGGACUUUGGCGUUAUCAGUAAGUGGGCCAAGGAACGGGAAGUGAAGGAUUACAAGGCGCAUUGA